CUCAAGCCCCUCUGCAUUCCUCCAUGGCACUGAAGGACGCUGUCCCAUGGGCCUGCUCUUCCUUUCGCCAGAUGUUUAACCCAUCUAGGAUGUUCAGUUGGCACCGAUCCUUCACCAUCAGUGCUCCAUGGAGAAAAGCUGUCAAGAAGACCCCACCAUUGGAUGGCAAAGUAGUUCUAACAAACCUGAAGAUCCUAUCCAGUGAAAUGGCUCAUGUUCAAGCCCUUUCUCGCACCACAGACUCUGUAGAGGAACCCGAAUCUCCCAAAGCAAGCAUUCUGUUAGGGCAUCAGGCUGACGUGGCCAUCGUAAGGGAUACUCCAGUGGAAACAGUGUACAGUGCCGCCUUCCCUGAUCUCAACUCUGUAGAACCCAAGUGCCAUCUUCCAAGGUUGGCCAAGUUUGAAUCAGAGGAUUCUGGCGUGGAGUUGCCUAGCGGGCCCAACUCCCUGUCGACACCCACCAGCUCUGAAAAGAGCUUUGUGCUUCACAGCAGAGACUCUUCCUGUGACUCCGGAGUGCUGAGUGCCUCUUCCUCUCCAGAGGCCGGCCACAUGGUCAUGAGAACGUGCAAAGAUGCUGUAGAUGCCUGCUUGUGCAUUUCAGACUGCAGGAACCCAGAGGAACUCUGUGAAGGGCAAGGGGGUGCGAGAGCUACCUCCUUGGAGAAUGUCCCUGACUGUUCAGAGGGUAGAAAUCCUGAGCAGCCUUUUGACGGCAUCCCGGGAGAGUGUUUGGGAGACAAACACAGAGAAGGGGUCAACAUGUCACCUCUCUCCAUCACUACUCUGGGAGAGAAAGGAACUAGAGGUGACCAUAGCAAAGACAGCUUGGAGAGCCUUCAAGAGAUGCCUCUAGAAGAUCAUCCUCUAAGAAAAUAUCCCACAAGUGACAGCUUGGAUGAGUACAUGGAUGAAUGCUGCAGGCUAAGUGAGGUGAAUCAAGGGAACACCAAGGCUCUGGGCUCAGGCCUGGGAUAUCUGGAGCACAUUUGCCAGCUUAUUGAAAAGAUUGGACAGCUGCAAGAACACAACCUGCGCUUACAGAAGCAAGUCUGCAGUUUGCAGAAAGAGCAGAAGAUGAACCAGCUGAAAGAGGAGUACUUUCUGCAACAGUGUUCCUGCAGUGCUGCCAGCGUCUUGCUUGGUUCGCACCAGGAGGUGAAGAAUGUCUUUGCUGGGAAGAGCAGGCCCCACAGUCUCUUGGCGCAGAAUGGAAACGUGUCCGACCUCUCCAGCAUUCCAGAAACAGGAGCCAGCAGAGGAAAAACAGGCUGCUGUAAAGAGGGAGACCCAUGUGUGGAUCAGCUGAUAAUGGGGUCAAAGCUGCCAAAUGGAAGGGGAAGUGUUGAAGUGGGGCAUCUCGAAGGUUGUAGCACAACUGAUGUUCCAGCUGAUCUCCCAAAGGAGCCACUCAUGAAAAGGGACUCGGACAUCAGCCGAAGUGCCUCCGGCGAGAGUCAUGCCUGGGGAAGAAUGAGAGAUCUUGUGCGAAAGUCCAGGGGACGCAACCAGAGCAGACUGGGGCUCUCCUCGGUGGCCUUGAAGAGGUCCUGCCCUCAGCUCUAUAGGCCUGAUAUUGCAACUUUGGAUCUGAGCCAAGCGGAGAGGACCUCCAUGAUUGCUUUGGGACUGAGCUCAAGGAAUGAGAACACCUGGCCUUUCUGAGCAGAGGGGCUGGUGGGAGAGGAG